AUGCCUUUGUGGAAUAGACCGUUUGAUGAAAAGAUUCCAUUAGCUAAAGUUGAUAAGUAUAUCAUUGCUAUAGAAGGAAAAUAUCCUAUUGUUGGCUUGGCAUCUUUUUUUCACAUAGAGAACUAUUUGGCUGUGCAGGAGUAUGGAAUCAAUGUUCAAAAGGAGCUUGUAGAUUUGGCUUUGAAACUGGGGGUAUUUGUUUUUACUAAUAGAGCUACCAACGACAAAUCUGGUGAAAAUUUCUAUAAGGAACGUUUAAAGAAGGUACCAAAGAAGAAGAGUGAAAAGGAGGUAAGUGAGCCUGUUAAAGACCAGAUAAAGAGAACUGAUGGCAAGCUUAAAGUUGAACCAAUUCUGGAAAGAUUACUAGCCAAGGAGUUAGAAGAGUAUAAUACUUUUGUAGUGGAAAACAUUGAAAUGAUGUUAAUGAAACUAGCCCCUCAAGCAAACAUUAAUUUCAACAAGAACGCGAUACCAUACGUUCUAACAAAACAGAAUGGUUUAUGUGUAAAAGAGCUGUCGUAUAUAGAAACACUAUCCAUUCUUACGGAGGUGUCUCUGGAGAUUGUUGACGAAUACCCGACACUAAUCUAUGGUUCAAUCUUCAAAGUUCUACCACCACACAGUCUAACCAUGUCUUCCCUCUUCAUUUUGUCCAUGGACCAACGAUGUCGUAGGUCCUACCCCACCUGA